AUGGAGUAUUCUGUGUCCCAGAAUUUCCAUCCAGAAUGUGAGUUUUCUAUCAGUAAGAUAAUAAAUUUGGAGCUGCAUGCUAGCUACGUCUAUUUUACCAUGACUUAUUACUUUUGCCAUCAUAAUAUGGCCCUGAAACACUUCUCAAUGUUCUUCCGAGAGCAGUCCGAAAAGAAGAAGGAACAUGCGGAGAAAAUUAUUCAGUACCUAAUCAAAAGGGGGGGACAUCCUGUUCUGGAAAAUAUCCUAAAGUCAGAAGUAGAAGACUGGUCAAAUAGUCUGCAGGCUCUGGAAGAAGCUCUUGUGAUUGAGAAGGCUGUUAAUGAGGAUUUGUUGGCUCUGUACGAUAAGGCAAAGGAGCAUGAAGAUCCACAUCUCUGUGGCUUCUUGAAGUCUGAACUCCUUGAUGAACAAGUGAAGAUCAUCAAACUGCUUGGAGAUUACAUCACUAACUUGAAGAGAUUGGGAAUGCCUGAAAACAGGUCUGGGGAAUACAUAUUUGACAAGUAUACACUAGGAGAAAAUUGUCAGAUUUCCCCCUAA